CUAAGGUGGAACUAUGAAACGUAAUCGUUGUAUGAACAUGGUAGUAACGUUCAUCUGGAUUCUUACUGUACGGUAGAAUAGAAAUUUAUUCUGUCGCUUCAAACAACCACAGUCCCUCACAACAUACCGCCUAUACGUCAGCAUAUAGUCUGCUCGAAAUAUUCGACAGCUGGAGGUAGCUGAAUCGGAUCCGUUGUCGUCAACAGGAACUAGAAUACAGUUACCCUAUGUUCCGUGUUUCACAGUAAUUUCGACGUACAGAUAACAUGGGGAAACUGAAAGCGUUUUACGUGACUUUUGACGGAAAUCGCGAGGUGUAUCACGCUGGCAAUGUUGUGUCGGGAUUAGUUGUUGUAGAUCUCGCGGAGCCGCUGACAUGCCGAGGUGUACGUGCAACGUUUACUGGUGUUGCUUAUGUUCAUUGGACUGAGAGUGAGGGGUCUGGAGACCAUAGAAGAACGGUUAGCUACUCUGCUAAACAAGUAUACUUUGAGGAAGUUGUCACAUUGUGGGGAAAACAGGCAGGAGACCGUCAAGGAGAUAAUCCAACACUACCUGCUGGAGUUCAUCAGAUGCCUUUUAGACUGCAGCUUCCAAAUACUGGCCUACCAGCAUCAUUUGAAGGAAAAUCGUAUGGUUAUGUGAGAUAAUCUAUAAAAAGUAAUAUUGAUAGACCAUGGAAGUUUGACCAUAAUACAAAAAGAGCAUUCACAGUGACAGGAUUUCCAGUGGAUCUGAAUAGAGUACCAAAUGCUAUGGUACCCUUGCGUGAAGAAGAUGAGAAAACUGUUUGCUGUUGGUGUUGUGCAUCAGGACCUAUAGCUAUGACUGCUACAGCUGACAGAGCAGCGUAUACUCCCGGUGAAAGGAUUAUUGUCAGCAUGGAUCUUAACAAUAACAGCUCACGAAAAAUACACACCACAGAGGCAGCUUUGGUGCAGCAUGUUCUUUACACUGCAUAUCGUCGUGGUCAUGGCCGUGCACAUCAUCGGCAGGCCACUGAAAAAGUAGUCGUGUUGCAGGGACAGGGAUGUGGUAAAUACGACAAAACUGACUGGAGAAACCAAAUAAUCCAAAUACCUCCUGUGCCACUAAGUGGACUGGAGGGAGUCCAUUUUAUUGACAUCCAGUACCUGGUUGAGUUUGAGGCUGAUGUGGCAUCUACACCAUUUGACCUAUCAGUGAAAUUACCAAUCACAAUCGGUUCAGUGCCUUUACAACAACUCUACGGGUUUGCUGGGAAUCGGCCACCAAUUGCACCGCCACCUGGUCAAGGAUUCGCACCACCUGGUUCACAAUUUGCACCACCUGGGGUUCCUUUGACUCAGUCAGAGACUAUACCAAUGGGAAAUGUUGGAGGAACAGCUCCUAGUGCUCCUCCUAUGCCGCCACCAUCUUACGAACUUUUAUAUAGUGGUGGUCAGUCAAUAAAAGAUGCCGAAGACAAUGACUACACGUAUGGAGAGUUGGACUUUGCACCACGGUAUACUUACUACAAUUGGGACGCACAAGAACAAACCACUCGUUAUUCUUAGGGAAGUCAACUUCUACUUACAUCCUUUGGAAAUGUGUAAAUUAUUUUUGGUGCAGUGUCAAAGCAUCAUAGUUGUCACAUUUAAACUUCUUGUAAUCCAGUGAUGUAUUUUAUAUAUAUGUGGAUACAUGUCUCUUUUGUUUUCAUAAACCACAAUGAAAACUCAUUUUAUGAUAAUCAACAGAGCAAAGUCAUUUAUAUUACUGUGAUUGUCUGGCAUCAAGUUUACAGUUUUGACUUCUUUAAAACAAAUGCCACAACCGAUCUGACACGUACCGCGUGUGGAACUAUGGGGAAAGUGGUUGGAACUAUUUCCACAUUGUGUCAACACAGGUGGCGCUAUUCGGUUGGUUUGCGGCGAUCUGCAUGUCAAUAUUGAGAAAAAUUGGACCUUUCGCCUCCCAAUUUACAUGCAUUUUAAUAUUAAUAAAAUAAAACAUUCUGAUGUGUGUUGUGCGUUAUUUUAAUUGAUCAACUCAUUAAAGAUUAAAUCUUGCUAAAAAUCGAGAAAAGUAUACUUGUAUAUAGUUCCGCGGAAGAAACCCUGAGUAAAAUGGUGGCGGAUGGAUAUUUAGCCUUCAGAGGCUAGGUAUGCGUCAUAAGACACAGGUCUGUGCUGAAUAGCGCCACCUGUGUUGACACAAUGCACAUGUUUUAGGAUAGUUCUUCCUCAGAUACGUCCAUUUCGUGAAAAUAACUGCAAUUCUAUAAUUUUUGAUUUUUUUUCCUACUGUUUUUUUACUUUUCCUUGAAAAUAGCGAUUAACUUGAAUGAUUGCUUUUGAUACGUUAUAUGUAUGUACCUUUGAGUGGAUCUCUUUUGUAAAUGCUGUUUUCAAUUUCUUCAUUUUGUUUUUAUAACAGGGUAUAAUAUUUUCUGUUAUUAACUUUUUUUCUGUGCUAUUGGUUAGAUUGAUUUUAGAAUAUUUAUCUCAACAGUGGAGGUAUAUUAGCUGGCAGGUUGAUUAUUAAAUACCGGUAUAUUAUACUGGACCUUGUAAGUCAUUUAUAUAUUAUCACUUUGUCACCUUACAAGUCAUUGAAGUAAUUUUUUACCAGUAUUCAUAUU